UCCGUGACCCAGCUCCUGCUGCGCUGAGAGCGGGCGGGCGAGCUAGUCGUCAGAGCCCGGGUGCCGCCAGGACCCAAACCCCCAGAUCCACCUAGGGCCCGGUUGUUGUGCGGAGCGCCACGUCUGAUUCCCGGGGUCCGACCUGUUCUGGGGAUGUCGCUGUGUAAUCUCGGCCAGGAUACCCCUUCCGAAGCUCUCGACCUGUCGGUAAAUGCCGCCUGGUCCUUGUGAACACCUUCGCGGCAGAAGCAAGCCCAGAGCUGCGUCCUCCUUUUCGAAAGGCCGGCAACCCAGCGAAGCUAAUGGGCUUACACAGGAGUGGAUGCAGCACGGUCAGCAGCAAGUGGGGGAGGCAGCCUGGGAUUCCAACCCUGGUAGCCAGCUCCACAGCCCCCCUUUCGCUUCUGCGCUGUAGAGCCUGGGCCUCAGUGCCAGAAACCUGGAUUCUGUUCCUCAGCUUCUUCAUCUGUGAGAUGAGGCGGAUGAAAGCACCUCACAGGGCUGCUGUGCUCACGUCACAUUCCGACGGUGUGAGAGCACCCAGGAUGGGCACCCCAGCCUCUGUGGUGAGCGAGCCGCUCCCCGGGCAGGCCCCGCCUGAGGCCCGGGGCCGCAAGCAGGCGUCAGCCAACAUCUUCCAGGACGCUGAGCUGCUGCAAAUCCAGGGCCUGUUUCAGCGCAGCGGGGACCAGCUGGCUGAGGAACGGGCACAGAUCAUCUGGGAGUGUGCUGGGGACCCCCGUAUGGCAGAGGCUUUGAGGAGGCUGCGCAGGAAGAGGCCCCCAAGGCAGAAACCCCUGGGCCACUCACUACACCACUGCAGCCGGCUCAGAAUCCCAGAGCCCCACAAUCCACUGGCCGACGCACAGAGCAGUGCUUCCAGCGAUCAGUACCUGAACACUAGGAGGACAAGUGCCAGGAUCCGUCGGAACUGGAGGAAGCCAGGCCCCACAAGCUACCUCCAUCAGAUCAGACACUGAUCCAGGGAAGGGGCUGGGAGCAGCAGUGUCUUCCCCAGGAAUCAUAGGGACUUUUGCCAAAGGGCCCGGGAAGAUGAAGGAGGAAAAGAGACUUGAGGCAGAUGGCCCCACACGCUGCUGCUGGCCUGCUCAAUUCAGAACAGGAUUGGAGGUGUCCACUGAGCUCUCCAUUGUGUGGGACCCUUUCCUCACCAGGAGAAACAGCGACCGUUUUCGCCUUGACCCUUCCCCAUCUAACACUAUACUUGGACUGCAUGACAUUCCCCCCGGGAUUCAAGUGAUGGGCACUCAAACUAAAGCAUCUCACCACUCCUGCUACUAACCUUCCUGCUAUUAUGACCGAUGGUCCAGCAGACUGUCCUGCACCCCUGCCCCUGUCAGGUCACACGAGGAAACUGGUUUAAAUGGCAAAAUAAAAACAUUUGCAUCAAGA